UAUAUAUAUAUAUAUGCAGUGUCUCUAGCUCUACAAUUAAGACAAGAGAGAUAAAUACAUAUAGAGAGAGAGAGAUCCAGCUAGAGAGUUUAAUUAGGACAUUAAUGGAGAGGGAGAAGGAGAUGAGGCCAUCAAGAUUUAAGAGGAUAUGUGUGUUCUGUGGGAGUAGCCAAGGGAAGAAGAAGAGCUACCAAGAUGCUGCAGUUGAACUUGGCAAGGAAUUGGUGUCAAGAAAUAUUGAUCUGGUGUAUGGUGGGGGAAGUGUUGGGCUAAUGGGUUUGGUCUCCCAAGCUGUGCAUGAUGGUGGGAGACAUGUCAUUGGAGUUAUUCCCAAGACUCUCAUGCCUAGAGAGAUUACAGGAGAGACAGUGGGAGAGGUGAAAGCAGUUGCAGAUAUGCACCAGAGGAAGGCUGAAAUGGCCAGGCGCUCUGAUGCCUUCAUUGCCCUACCUGGGGGAUAUGGAACUCUAGAAGAGCUACUUGAAGUAAUCACAUGGGCUCAACUGGGCAUACAUGACAAGCCAGUGGGAUUGCUCAAUGUAGAUGGAUACUACAACUCACUUUUAUGCUUCAUUGAUAAAGCUGUUGAGGAUGGUUUUAUUAGCCCUAGCGCGCGACAUAUCAUUGUUUUAGCUCCAACCGCGAAGGAAUUGGUCAAGAAAUUAGAGGAUUAUUUUCCUUGCCAUUAAAGAGUUGCUUCUAAGCUGAAUUGGGAAAUGGCACAAUAGGGAUACUACAAGAAGUGUGUUUGUUCCAAUGUAGUAGAAAGGUUAUUAUAUUUUGAAUUUAAUUUGUUAGGGGCAAAUUGGAAUUAGAAAAUUUUCCAAUUUUGGCAACAUUAAACAUGUUUUUUUUCCUUUCCUUUUCCCUUUAUUGCUUUUUGUAAAUUAUUGUUGGGGGAUCUUUUAUAUUUAUAAUAGA